CUUGAUAGGAGGGUACGCGCACGGAGCCCUCACCCAAGUUCAGUCGACCAGUUAUGGGAGGUUCUGCAGGAGGAGUGGUCGAGGAUUAGUUUGGGAGUGGUGCAGAAAUUGUAUGUGAGUAUGCCAAAUCGUGUUGCAGAGCUGAUGAGUGCUUGGGGUGGCAAUACUCGCUAUUGA